GCAAACAAUGUCUGGAGGAGGAGCUCGAACGUUUUCUGGGCGUCGCGUCGACGAGUCUCAGAAAUCGUGGCUCGAUCGCAGGAAAAGUGUUGAAGGCGCGUGAAGACAAAUGUCGAGAAAUGUCUUCAGGGGGUCCCAGAAGCUCGGUGUCCGCAAAGAUUGGAUUCUUUUGUGGCCGUGUUGAGGAGUCCUUCUACCAAGGUUCAAGUUGGUUAUUGACUUUAUGCGUCGCUAUGAUCCUCGCCUGCUCACUAGCCACAAAAGAGCGCCACACUAGGCUUCCUUCCGACUUUUGACGACGAUGACACCGAUUAGAACUUUCGCGCAAAUUCAUAC